CCAAACCACGGUAAUGUCGAGGUCGAACAUAUAAUCCUGAGAAUCCGAGUCCUGAGAACCACACCAGCGUAGUACGCGCAUAGAAUCUUGAGAAUCACCACAACAGCAUCUAGCCUUUUAAGAAUCUAGCGUUUUGCUGCGCUGCGCGCUCAAGAAACCCAAAUAAUGCUCGUUAUUCACCCUGUAUCCGCAGCUAAUGCUGGCUGUUGCAAUCGCCUCCCCGCAUUCCAGCCGAAUGGGCGUAGGUCUGUACUGGUCCCGCCUAAGCGAUUGCAUUCCACCGUAACGGUCACCGCUCACCUCACGACCCGCUCCGUCCUUUUCGACCAAUUCGAUCGGAAAUCCAGACCGCCAAUCCGAUCCCCGACAAUCCGAUCCCCGACAAUCCGAUCCCCGACAAUCCGAUCCUUGUCAGAAAUUGUCCCGAUAGAAUUCUCCCCCCGGCACGCAGCAAACGAAGAUGCGGGUCGCGAAACUAGUCGACUGAAGCAGUCCCGCCUGGCGGCAGCUUUUCACAAUCGGACCGGCUUCUCGGGAGGAGCUUCGCGGACACGGGCGGUGCUUUCAAGCGGGCCGCUCGGAAGAUCGCGCGGAAUCGCGAUAGCAAAUGCAGGGGAGGAAGCCGCGCGACUCGGAACGAUGGUCGGCAGGUGCAGGUGCCGCGCCGGGACGGGGAACGAUGUAGAGCCGAAGGCGGGAUACCCGCUCCUUGACGAGCAGCACCAAUCGUUCGUCGCCAUGUGGCAGCGCAUUGGGGUGGAACCCGCAGCCCCGCUGGUGCGCCUGGGAGUGGAGCAGCAGGGGGGGGGGAGGACUGGCGGGAGAAGCGCGGAGGAGAAAGGAGAGUCGGAGAUGGAGGGGAACGAAGAGGAGGAGGAGGAGGAGGAAGGGGAAAGAGGCCUCUUUGUCUGCUUGCCCGGAGCGGAUUCCCCAAGUUCCCCCUCUGCUGGUCGCUCCGCUUCCCCCUCUGCUGGUCGCUCCGCUUCCCCCUCUGCUGGUCGCUCCGCUUCCCUCUCUGCUGGGCGCUCCGCUUCCCCCUCUGCCUCCUCCAGUCCCCCCUAUGCGCCUUCCGCUCCCCCAAUUCCCCCCGGCACUCCGCUGCUCUCCGUGCCUCUGCACGCCACGCUGUGGGUCCCCCUGCACGCCACGUCAGCAGGAGGGGGGAGCGGGAGUCCGGUGCAGCGGCUGGCGAUUGCUCUGCUGAAGGCAGUCUGUGGGGCGGGUGAGGAGGCCCGGCGCGAGAUUGAGGAGGAGCGCGGGAGAGGGGGGGGGGCGAGAGAGACGGGGGCGGGGCAGGCAGGCAGGAUAUGGCGGCAGUAUGCGGAGGAGCUCCUGCCGAACGAGAUAGAGACUUUGGCUGAUUGGAGCGAGGAGGACUUGGAGCACCUGCAGUCACCAGCAGCUGCGGCGGAGGUGCGAGCCUACGCUGCAGAGAUGGCAGCAAUGGAGUCAGACGUGGCUGCUGCAGUGGCCGGGGCAGGGGAAGAGAGAGCGCGGUGGGCCCUGCGUGUCGUCACCUCUCGAUCCUUCUCCAUCGCCGAUGCUGCCCAUGUGGGGGGUGACCCUGGCAGGGGGGCUCUGACAGGGGUGGAGACUAGGGGAGGGGGCGAGGGGCAAGGAGUGCGGAAUGGUCCUGCUGCAGGGGGGAGAACGACAAGUGGGAGAGACGCUGGCGCCGAGCCUGCUGGGCAGCUGCCUUGUGCGUUUCAGGUCCUCGUUCCUCUGGUCGACAUGGCCAAUCACGCGUGCAGUGCUGCCACGGACUCACACGCGGCUGUGCAGCCAUCUGCCACGUGGCGCAUCAGGAGAGGCCGCAUGCAGGCCCUUCAAACACCCCCUCGCUUUGAGCUGCUCGCCUCGCGCCCUCUGUGCCCCGGCACCCAAGUGACCAUAUCUUAUGGGCCUCUCACCUCCCUCGCCUUCCUCCUCUCCUUCGGCUUCCUCCCCCUCAGAAACCCCGCCAACCGCGUGCCUGUCUACUCCAACCUCGAGCACAUGCUGGACGAUGUGGAGGAGAGGGUGACUCGCCUGCGGCACAAGCAGCACCUCCUCUUCCUAAUGGCCAACGAGGAGGCCCCUCUCUUCGCCUACACUGGCGGCCUUGCAGUGAGGCUCAUGGAGUGUCUGCUCGUGCUGCAUGCCGCCUCGGAGGAUGAAAUAGCGCACCUCGAUCACCACUGGACCACCUCCCACUCCCUCGCUGCUGCCAACGUCUCGCCCCAAACACGCUCCGUGGCAGCCAAGCAACUGGUAGACCGCUGUAAGGCGCUUCUGGACAAUUACCCGACCACGUUGGAAGAUGACAAGGCCCUGCUGGUGCAGCUCAAGAGGGCAGGGACAGCCAGCGCCUUUGUGAGAGGGGUAGAAGAAAGCCCGUUUUCCGGUAAUGAACAGGAGGAGAAGAGGCAGCGCUGCCUUGUGACAGCAGUGGAGUAUCGAAUGGAGGAGAAGCGGAUUCUUGCAGAUGCGAUUGCACGGUACGGUAGGAUGGUGUGACACUGGUGCGGUGCGAAGCAGGCUAGUUCUGAGAUGUCUCAUAACUAACCUACUUAGCCAUGGAUUGCGCUGUAUGGUAGGAUGGUGUGACGCUGGUGCGGUGUGAAGCCGUGCACCACUGUAGUACUAAUAAGCAUCCUUCAACAGCCAAAGAUUCGGUUGUGAAUCCUUACAGCUUGUUCAGUGGU